CACACUAGAUACCGUGAUUGUCCAGGCAAAAACGGGACUCCCGGAUGUCCAAAUUAGAACUUUAAGCGUGCUCAAAAUUGACGUCUGUUUGAAUUAUGAAAGACACAGAUAAGGGAGUAUAGAAAGAAAAUAAGUGGACUUGGGACAAAAAAGAGAAUCUCGGCGCGUUUGGAGGGAGUUUUUGAUUUAUUUUUUCUUCCCCUUCUUCUUACAUCCAAAAAUAAAAACCCUAGAAAAAUUCAUUCACCACACUCACCAUCAGUCCAUAACUCCAUUUAAUUUGUAAAAAAAUACAGAUCUCAAACACUUUUUUUUUCUUUCUUUCUCUUUCUUCUCUACACCUUAUAGAUUGGAUUAGAUUUUUUGAAGAAUCCAAAAUCUUCAAUUUCAUUUCACUUUGAAGCUCACUCACAUUUUCCAGGACUGAGAAUUGUGGAUUUCUAGCUUUUUUCACGCAUGGCAUGAAGGAAAUCCAAAGUAAACAAUAAAGGCGUUUGAUUAACGUAUUAAAUGACUAAUUAACCCUCAAAGUAAAUCUUAGAGAUCAAUCUGGAGUUGGUAGGUCCAGCCAGUGAAUGUCGGGUCUCCAAAUACCGAAAAGGAAAAAGAAAACUCGCAUUGCCGAUCAAGCUUAGAAAGAAGAUCCAAAAGUUGUAUAUUGCAUCAUCAGACAUGUUUGGAGUUUGAGGUUAAGACAACUGGGAAGUCGUUAGAUAGUCCACAAUGUGUAUCUAUGUUGUAAAGAAGUGAAUAUACAUUUGGAUGAAAUGUUGAGCUCAAGUUAGAAAAGCUGUAAAUUAUCUUCUUUACAUUUGCAUGGAAUUCUGGGUCAGUGUGGGUAAUUGCAAGAGAGAAUGUCAAUCGCCCAUGUUGAUCCAAGAGAACUUCACUGGAAGAAAGAACUUACUGGUCUUCGAAAAGCUGCACGACAUUUACGUGAUCCAGAAACCACUUCUUCAUUGAGGUCACCGUUGAAUUCUAGACCAGUUACUGCUUCACCUAGUUGGAAUUACGGACUACAUGGAACCAGAUCAAACCGUAUGGGAGCACAUCAUGCUCUGGGGUUCACGGAUCCAGAGACAUGUUUGCCUACUAGAAGCGAAACAAAUGAAAAAAAAGUAUUCCUCUACAAUUGGGGGACUCAAUCGGGCAAAUCAAGUGAUUUAGGUAUAAAAUUAGAUGUGGAAAAAUUCGACGUAGGGUCAGUAGAGGAUAGCAUCAAAGAUAGCAUGGGAAUUGCUCAAAAAGAAGAUUAUAGGAGUGACUUGUAUACUGCUGAGCCAAUGAUGGCCUUCAAGGCCAGAGAGGCAAACCUUGAGAAACCUGUGAGGAGAACAGGUAAGAAGUUAAAGAAGGGCACUGUUAUCUCAAAGCGUGGCACUCUUAGAAACUCAACGGCUUCAAACUUGCUAGAUCUUCCAUCAAUCUCGUUGGGAGCAGUUACAUCAGUUCAACAAUCUAACAAUGUGGAAUACUGCAAAUCCGAGGAUUCACGGUCACGGGAUAUAACACCAAAAACUGGGUACACUUCGAGAUCAACAUCAUCAAUGCCCACUAGGGGAGAGAACUGGUCCGGAACUUCCAAACUCUUGAAAAGCAUCUGGAGAGAUGAUUCUUCUUAUCCUUACACCCCAGCAUCAACCAAUUCGUACAACAAGUAUAGAAAUCAGAAUCCCAGUAAUGUUGGGUCUUGGGAUGGAAAUACAACUUCAGCGGAUGGAGAUGAAAUAGAUCACUUGAAUUUGUCAAGCCGGCAAGGAUGUGGAAUUUCAUGCUACCGGUCGAAAAGGAAGACAAAACAUGGAAGAUACGGUAGCUGUUACUCCCCCUCAUUUUCUGAUACUCUGAGAAGAAAAGGAAGUAGCAUUCUGUGUGGAACCAGAACGUUGCAGAAGAAACGUCGAUCAUCAGCGUCUAACAAACGAAGACUUGUUAUGCCAUUGUUGACAAACAGCAGUGAUGGAAGAGGAGGUUCAUCUUUGGAUAGUGGACGAAGUGAUGAUGAUGAGCUUUCAACAAACUUUGGGGAGCUCGAUAUGGAAGGUUUGAGCCGGUUGGAUGGGAGAAGAUGGUCCAGCUGUCGAAGCCAGGAAGGGCUAGAAAUAGUACCCCUCUCGACAGGAGCCCAAGAAGGUACAUCAGACCGUGUUAGGAGCUUGAGCCAAAAAUAUAGACCAAGGUUCUUUGAUGAAAUAAUUGGGCAGAACAUUGUGGUUCAUUCACUGACUAAUGCCAUUUCAAGGGGAAGAAUUGCUCCUGUUUAUCUCUUCCAAGGUCCUCGGGGUACGGGAAAAACAUCAGUGGCAAGGAUAUUCGCUGCUGCUUUAAGUUGUGACUCUACAGAAGAAAACAAGCCAUGUGGUUUCUGUAAGGAAUGCACUGAUUUCAUAUCCGGUAAGACCAUGGACUUGAGAGAAGUUGAUGCCACAAAUGAUAAAGGAAUAGAUAGAGUUAGGUACUUGCUAAAGAGCUUGUCUACGGCACCCACAUCUUCUUUUUCCCCCUACCAUGUAUUUAUCAUCAAUGACUGCCACUUGCUACCCUCAAAAACAUGGUCGUCUUUUAUUAAGUUUCUUGAAGAGCCACUACCACGAGUUGUAAUAAUAUUCAUAACAACUGAUAUCGACAAUCUGCCCCAUACCGUAUCAUCUCGGUGCCAGAAAUAUCUUUUUAACAAAAUCAAAGAUGCAGAUAUUAUUACCAGGUUGAAGAAGGUUGCUGCUGAUGAAAACUUUGAAAUUGAAUCGGAUGCUCUUGAUUUGAUCGCUAUGAGUGCAGAGGGUUCACUUCGAGAUGGAGAAACAAUGUUGGAUCAAUUAAGUUUACUGGGGAAGAGGAUAACUGCAUCCCUAGUAAAUGAACUGGUAGGGGUUGUUUCAGAUGAAAAAUUACUUGAUCUUUUGGAGUUAGCCAUGUCAUCUGACACUGCAGAAACAGUGAAAAGAACCAGGGAAUUGAUGGAUUCAGGGGUUGAUCCAAUGGCAUUGACAUCUCAACUAGCAGGUCUUAUUAUGGAUAUUAUUGCCGGAACUUACCAUCUGGUUAAUUCGAAAUGCAGCAGUUCAUUUUUUGCUGGAAGAAGUUUAACUGAUGCAGAGUUGGAAAGACUAAAACAAGCUCUGAAGCUUCUUUCUGAAGCCGAGAGGCAGCUAAGGGUGUCAAGUGAACGGUCAACAUGGUUUACUGCAGCUCUACUGCAACUAGGUUCUGUUACAUCUUCCAAUCCGACUAAUUCUGGUAGCAGUAGGAAACAGAGCUCGAGGGCAACAGAUGAUGAGCCAUCUGGAUCUUCAAGAGAAGUCUCUGCUCACAAGAAAAGAUCUGAUGCUCUACAAAGGCGGCGGAAGUCAACUUCAACAGCCUCAUCUCGUGGCCCACUAGAUGGAAAUUUUGAUUACCACGGCGAACCACUGUUGAUGGUUGAUACUGUUCAUUCCGCUACCAAAUCCCAAUCGGUGGAGGAAGGUGCAUCAAAUGCCACUCUAGCUGAAAAUAGGGUCUGCCGGUACAUACGCCCAAAAAAGUUGGACGAGAUUUGGGAGAUGUGCAUCGACAGAUGUCACUCAAAUACACUAAGGCAGUUGCUACGUUUACAUGCAAGGCUUGUCUCAAUUGCUGAAGUUGAAGGUGCUCUGGUUGCCUUCAUAGGAUUCAAGGAUGGGGAUAUCAAAUCCAGAGCUGAAAGAUUUCAACGUAGUAUCACAAAUUCAAUUGAAAUUGUUAUGAAGCACAAUGUCGAGGUUAGAAUGGGACUGAUGGUACAGCGAGAGGCUUCUAUUAACAGGGCUGAAUCUCCUGCAAGUUCAUCUCAGAGGGAGAUGGCAGCAUCUGAUACAGAGAGGGAACUACGACGUGAUUCCAAUAAUUCACCAAGUGGUCGUUCAGAGUCGGAGCGAAAUUAUGAACAGGUCAGAGCACCUAAGGAAAGAUAUUACUCCGAAGGAGAAAAAAACGAGGAAAUUCCUCUGCAAAGAAUACAAGCCAUUAUCGACGAGCAACGAUUAGAAAGCGCGUGGUUACAAACUGCAGAGAAGGGAACUCCAGGAUCUUUGAGCAGGUUAAAAGCUGAAAGGAACCAAGUUAUGCCCCAGGAUGGAGUUUAUCGUCCAAAUCAGAUGGCUUCUAUAAUUUCGACGGAGCUGUCUUCUCAGAAAUGGGAGAAUGAGCUUACUCAUGAACUUAAAUCAUUGAAUGUUAAUGGUGGGAGGGGCCACCAUGACCAGACUGGUAAAAGGGUCGAGAAUUAUUCCAUGUCUCCAAGCUUGCUGCACAACAAAAGCUUAGCAGGCAAUGAAAAUCAGGGAUAUGAAUCAGGGACAGCUCCUACUUGUAAUGGACUUCUUUGUUGGAAAAAGACUAAGCCUUACAACAAAGGGAAGGUUAAACAAGGAACCCCGGUUCGAUCACACAAAAAUAAGCAAUUUUUGUUGUUUGGGAAUUGCAUGAAGCCUAAGAAGACUGAACGAAGUAGAUUUAGUAAAUGAAAAGCAUGAAUUCUGCUUCGGAUAUGCUCUGCUUGUUCCCCAUGUAUUACAAUUUCCGGCUGUAUCUUUCAUAAUUUAAGUACAUGUAAUUGAAACAACAGAAAAGGUAUCUCUGACCAUCUUAUUUACAGUAUUAAAUUAUUUAUUCUCUCUUUAUUGUCAGAAUAAAAAGGUGACAACAUCUUUUUACCAAAA